AUGAGAGACAGAGGAAAAAGAGAGGUUGAAGCAUAUAAUAAUAUUAAUAAUGGAGGAGAUUAUAAUUUUGUUGGUGAUAAUUAUUUCCCUGAAUUUCCCUGCAAAAAACACCCAAAUUCAGCUUCUUCUUCAGGUGGGAUUUGUGCUUACUGUCUUACUGAUAGACUUGCUCAGUUGGUCUGCCCUCAGUGUGGUGAACAGAGGCUUUCUUCCUAUUGUUCUUGCUCUUUUAACACUAAUAAUAAGUUCUACACUAGCUAUGAUACCUCCUCCUCCUCCAACGCCACCGCGGCCGAUGUCGGAAGAAUCUCAUUCUUACUAGAGAAUGAUAAGAAUGGUGAAGAGAUCUCAAGUUCGAGGUCGAGGAUUGAACGAAGAUCAGCUCAUAACAAUGAUGAUUUCUCCCAUUUUAGAAGAAGCAAUAGCAUUUCUACUACUGCUGUCAAUAAUAAUCAUAGUAACAAUCAUGGGUCAAGAUCAGAAACUGGAAAGUUUUGGAAGAUUGGAAGAUUGUUCAGAAAAAAGAGAGAUAAAAACAGUCAGAAUAUCAGCAACAACAAUAAUCAGAGUAGUCAUAAUAAUGAAGAAAAUUAUGAGUGUAAUGGGGUUUCAAGAUCAAGAUCACUUUGCAGUUUCAGGGGAUUCUAUGAUACUGAUCAAGAAAAUGGAGGUUUUGCAGUUUCAUCAUCUGCUGCAAGAGCUUCAAGUGUAAGUACAGGAAAUUUUGUUCUAGAUUCAGCUAAAAGAAGCUGUUUUAGUGAAUCUGAAGCAAGAAUUAGCAACUUUGAUUAUUGUGAUGCUUCUAAUUUUGUUGGUACAAACAAGAGUAAUAUUUUCUCAUUGAGAGAGAGUGAGUUUGUUAAUAGUGAAGAUCAUGCUUUUAUUGAUUUGAAGCUGCAUGAUAUGUCAUCCGAAAGCUCGAAAAUGCCACCUGAUCUUGCUGCUUUGAGAAGGAGUGGGCUUGGGUUAUCAACUAAGGAGUUCGCGUUUCGAGGCGGCAAUGGCGGUGGUGGUGAUGGAUUGGGGCAUGAGAUGUUCAGAAAUGGUGGGGGGUCAUGUAGAGUUAGUAGUGUUAGUGAAAGAGAAUUGAGGAAAUGCAGAAAGAGUUACAAAGUUUGGAAAUGGUUUUUCAGGCAUCAGACUGAUAAUUCUGGCAAAUUUGAUGAUCAUGGCCCUUUCAAUUCAUAA